GUUUAUUGAAGUAAUUUGGACUGAAAUUAAAAGCAUUACCGCUGUACACAUGUGACAGGAACAGCGCAAUCUUUUACAAUCACCAAAUAAGCAGACGCUGCGUGUGUCAAAUUCAAUAUCAGAAGGAAACGCGAGAGCUCUGAUGAGUAGCGGAUCGCAAAACCGGGAUCCGGCCUUGCACAUGUGACGAUUGUGAACCUUGAUCGACUGCGCUCAGGGCAGCCCUGGGUCUCUGUGUUACUGAGUGAGCCGAGCGGAAGGCAGCGAUCACGUGAAACCGCGUAAGCCAUGGAGCCGAGCCUAGCGCUGCGCUCCCUCUGCCUGCUUCUGAGCUUCGCCUGCACUCUGUGCACCUUCCCUCGGAAUCACUCUGCACUCGGCACCGCAGGACAAUUCUGGCACAUCACCGACUUGCAUUUGGAUCCGACCUAUCACUUGACAGAUGAUCCUACCAAAGUUUGCUUUUCAUCAAUGGGGCGUCCGGCAAAGCAUGCAGGACCUUAUGGAGACUAUUUGUGUGAUUCACCAUAUGAACUUAUCCAGUCUGCUUUUAAGUUUAUGAAAGAUGCUAAAGUUCAACCUUCUUUUGUGAUAUGGACUGGUUCUGUAAAAGAAAAUGAUAAAAUUCUGUUUUUCUUAUUUUGUCAGGACCAGCUUCCCGUUAAUGUAAGUGAUGUUUAUAAUGCAGCGGCUGACAUGUGGAAACAGUGGUUGACACCAGAUGCACGUAGGACUUUGCAAAAAGGUGGGUUCUACACCCAAAUCUUUAAUUGUAAUCUUACUCAGCAGACCCUCAGGAUAAUCAGCUUAAACACAAACUUGUACUAUAGCCCCAAUAAAGAGACUGAGGGAAUUCCAGACCCUGCAGGACAGUUUGUGUGGCUUGAAGAUACAUUGAAGAAAGCUCAACAAAACAAAGAGAAGGUUUACCUCAUUGCUCAUGUUCCUCCAGGCUACUUGCCAGACUCAAUGAGCACCACUGCAAUGAGGGAGAAAGAUAAUGAAAGGCUGGUGCAAAUUUUUCGCAAAUACAGCAAGGUUAUUAUUGGGCAGUUUUUUGGUCAUACUCACAGGGAUAGCAUAAUGGUCCUUCUGGAUAAUCAAGACAAUCCUAUCAACUCUCUAUUUGUUGCACCAGCUGUAACUCCUCAAAGAAGAGCUUUGAAUGGUGUAACCAAUAACCCAGGAUUACGCUUGUACAAGUAUGAUACAAAUGAUUACACCUUAUUGGAUUUAUGGCAGUAUUACUUGAACCUUACUGUAGCCAACGAGGAGAAAAUGCCUGACUGGAAUUUGGAAUACAUCAUGACAGUAACCUACGGCAUAAAAGAUAUACAACCACAGUGUUUGUACAAUUUAACCAAUAUGUUCAUAGGUCCAUAUAGUGAGAAGUUCCAAAUGUAUUAUAAUCAUUAUGUUGUCAGUUACAAUACCAGCAUAGAAUGUGUUGGCCUUUGUAAAGUGAAACAGAUAUGUGCUAUAAAAUAUUUAGAUCAUGCUUCAUACACAAACUGCAUUUUAAGAGGACUGAAGUAAGGCCCUGUCAAAGAAAAUAUAUUAAACCCUGCAAUCUUCA